AUGAAGCUCUCAAUACUUCGAUUCCACGCCCUCGUGGCUGCGACUAUAUUCGCGACUGUCGCUUUCGCCGAACAUACCAGCAACUGGGCCGUUCUCGUCUGCACAUCACGAUUCUGGUUCAACUACCGUCAUCUCGCCAAUGUCCUCUCCAUGUACCGUACCGUCAAGCGUCUGGGUAUUCCCGACUCCCAGAUCAUCCUCAUGCUUCCCGACGACAUGGCCUGCAAUCCCCGGAACGCGUUUCCCGGAACCGUCUACAGCAAUUCAGAUCGCGCUGUUGAUCUCUACGGCGACAACAUCGAGGUGGACUACCGUGGCUACGAGGUUACUGUCGAGAACUUUAUUCGCCUGUUGACGGAUCGCGUGGGCGCGGAGAUGCCGCGAAGCAAGCGCCUACUUACGGAUGAUCGAAGCAAUAUUCUGGUUUACAUGACUGGUCAUGGUGGAAACGAGUUUCUUAAGUUCCAGGAUGCUGAGGAGAUUGGCGCAUUCGAUCUUGCGAACGCCUUUGAGGAGAUGUGGGAGAAGAAGAGAUAUCACGAGAUCCUCUUCAUGAUCGAUACCUGCCAAGCGAACACCAUGUACAGCAGACUUUACUCCCCCAACAUCAUCGCCACCGGUUCCUCCAAGCUCGAUCAGUCUUCAUACUCACAUCACGCCGACAACGAUGUAGGCGUCGCCGUUAUCGAUCGAUACACGUACUACAAUCUUGAAUUCCUUGAGAACAACGUCAAGGACCUGAACAGCCAGAAGACAGUGGGCGAAUUGUUCGACAGCUACGACUUCGGCAAGAUUCACUCACAUGCUGGAGUGCGCUACGACCUCUUCCCCGGUGGUGAAGAGAACGCCCGUAGCCGUCUGAUCACAGACUUUUUCGGCAACAUCCAGAACGUCGAGGUUGACCGCAGCGGUAAUCUGACUCUUGAGGAGGAUCUCCUAGCGCUCAGCAAGAAAAUUGCCCUUCUCCAGCAGAAGGAAGCAGAGGCAGCCAAGGAGUCUGUUGGGGUGAAGGUAUCUGCAAAGGCACCUGCUAGUGCUCCAACUGAGACUGCCAGAAAGAUCCAAAAGGCCAAGGCAUUGACGGAUGACAACUGGUGGACCAAGAAGGUCGUUGGUGCGACAGCGCUUGCAGGUUGUGGCCUUCUCUGGGCUAUAGGAUCCUUCUUGGAAGCAUGGUCUUGUGACGCUGAGCUUGCAGUUGCUACAGAUGAUACUAUUUACAUAUUUCUUCCAGAAUAUCCAAGGAGUAGCGGUCCCGACGAAGGAGCGGAUGAAGAAGAACUACAGAGCCAGUAUACGCUCUCCUAUCGAGCCUCAGGCUUGAUUCGCCCAGAUCCCACAAUCAAUGCACAGCUUUGUUCGUUUUCUGGUAUCAGAGUGGCUGGGCCGCCAGCUAACGACGAGAAUUGGUUUCCUGGCGUGGGGAAUGGACUAGUCACAGGUUCGGGUGCGCCAAUCUGCCAGAUUGUGAGGUUGGAAUGGUCACCAAAUGGAUUGGGUUGCAAUCUUCGACCUAUCUUAACAGCGCUGUCAACCAGUGGAUGUAUAUAUGCGAUUGGUGAACAUAUCGAUCGGCAAUCUGCAAUGAUAGCAGGCAUGCGGGUUCGGAGCUUCAAGGCAUGGAAGACACUCUGGGGCCUCGGGGCUCAACUUCCGCUGCCCGACAGCAACGAGGAAGAUGGAUAUCGAAACAUGAAUGAACGCAUUCAGGCCUUCUCGUGGGCCAAAGAAGUGGACAUAGGGAGAGGUCUGCUAGCAUACUGCAAUGAUGCUGAAGAAGUAGCUGUAAUGGCGGUGCAGCUCUUCUCGCAGGCAAAAGAAGGUGAUCCUUCAAGUGAAGAGACGCGAUGGGACAUCCAAGAAGUCGGCCGGUUUGAUGGCAGAGGGAUACAUAUUAAGGAAGACGCUGUAGAUAUCACAGAUCCCGACUAUGUGCCUCAUGGGAGUGCCUUUUCUUUGAAAUGGAGCUCUUGGUUCAAGAGCCAAGGCAAAAAAGUCGCUAUACUGGCAUAUUUGGCAAAGAAUCAUGUUGGGUUUCGAAAGAUCACUAUCCUGGGCAAUUGGGAGAGAGGUCAGCCUCCGCAUAUCGAAGUCGAGAAGGCGGAUAUGACGGCCAUUUGCAUGUUUCUGUCAACGGAUGCAUAUAUCGAGUGGGAAGACUUGAUCGCAUAUGACGAUGAUAAGCCUGUAGCCAGGGGCGUGGUCGCUGAUCCGUUUAAUGUGAAGCCAUUUCAGGUUUCGUUUAUUGACGAUGCCGAGGAGUUGGCUGGCGCUCACUAUACUUGGGAGUGCUCGACAACGUAUUCCAAGGAAGAUGAAAUAGUCUCAUCGAAUCCUAUUUCUGGACUUCUAAUUCACGAUCAAGGCAUAACGCACCUAGGAUCAGUUCCGUACUACUCAAUCGCCAGAUUAUCUGCAACAUCACGCAACCAGGACUGGUUUCAGACAAAUCUUCCGGACACAGAGGCUUCUGUUCCAAAAUGGGCAACAAGAAUUCGAAAACACACAACACGGCUCGUUGCAAGAGCGGUUGCGCUGGAAGGAUUAGACUCGGAUUCAGACGACUCAGAAGACGACCUAAUGGAAGAAGAUACAACACAGUUACAAGUUCCCGAAUCCAGGUACCGCAUCUGGGGCAUGGCGCAUUCACCCGGCGGUGGCACAACAGCAGUGCUUGUGUCGCGAUUCAGCACUUUGCACCCAGAAAGGCGAGCCCUCUGUAAACUGAUGUUCUCAAGAAGAGACGAAGAGCGCGGCCAAGAGGAUGCGGUCACAGUCACGAAGCCUCUAACAACUGAAGGCCAGGUUUGGGAGUGGAUGUACGGGAAUGCCCCUGAAGUACUUGGGACUACAGCAACGCGCAAGAUAUCUCCUGAGCUCAACAAUUCGUUAUUGAGGGAGCAGUUCAGAGAUAUUGCAGCUAACCAACACUGCGUGUUUUGUGAUGCAGCAUUGCGUUUGGAAGAGGAAGAAGCAAAAUGUGAAAACGGACAUUUGUUUGCACGCUGUGCUUCUACGGGACUGGCGAUAAUGGCUCCUGAUAUUUCUCGGAUUUGCGCAGUGUGCGAGUUGCGAUGUCUGAAAGUUGCAGAAUUGACGCGUGUUGUUGAGAUGCAUUUUGGAUCAGGGGCAAAUGAGGCUCCCACUUACACCAUGUCUGCUUCGCGAACUGGCGCUGCGGUUCCGGCAGCCAGCUUCAACUUCGAAGAAUCCCUCGCUUCCAAGCCCUUUCUCUUCGUUAUCGGGCCAGAGGCCAAGGAGUUCCACGUACACAAGGAACUCAUCGGCCGACUAUCACCAGUCCUAAACGCUCUAGUAAAUGGGAACAUGAGAGAAGCUCGGGAAGGUCGUGUCGUAUGGGCAGAUCUAGAUGUCGACACUUUUGUGCGCUUCGCCAAAUUCGCCUACUCUGGUGACUACAGUGAGGCACAGCCUGUUCUUAUCCCGGCACCUGAACUGGACACUGAAGGCAACCACUCACCACUCAAGUCAUAUACUCAUGAUGUGAAUGGCUAUGCAUCCUCGUCUGGGAAAGGCUCAGAUGACUCUCGCAGCACCAGCUCGGAUUCGGAGGAAAUGCGCGACGACAAUGAUUCUGAUCAAGACGAGGAUCUUGACGACGACGAUGACUCUUCGGAAGGCACUCCAACCGGAUACCACAGCACUGCGGGUGACGAGUCAAGUUCAUCUGAAGCUUCCACCACCGUAGACCACAUGCCAACAAACAAUGGCGGUAAUCGGCCCCCUUUCACUUAUACCUACACCUAUGAAUACUGUGAGUGGAAGCUGCCGGCGGCCGUUGGCGAGUUUAUCCAGAGCUAUCAGUCCAAUAACGAUCAACAUAAUGGAGUUCUGCAGUUGACUGAAGACGGUAACUUAUCCAGGCGCAAACGCAGGUGCCCGGAUCAAAAUUAUAUGCUUGACGUGACAACCACAACAGGAAAGCGGUUUGAAGCAAUGAGAAACUUUGCCCGUCCUCCUUACGACUCACCCAUGAUUAACGGCGGCGCUCCGGCCGUGACUAGUUUGCAGAACACACAAGAAGGCAAAUACUCAUAUCUGCCUGUCUUCCUCAGCCACGCACGUCUCUACAUCCUGGCGGAUAAGUAUGAUGUUGAAGAUCUUCGCCGUCUCUCCAUCUGCCGCCUCCAUUGUAUACUGUAUUACUUUUACUUCGACCAAUACCAUGUUCCCGACAUCGUUGCCCUCGCGCAGGAGCUAUUCGAAAAUACUGUGGAGGAUGACACUGCACGAGAGAUUAUUGUGGAGUACUUUGUGUGCUUCAUUGAGUACAUUCGGGAUACGCCAGAAGUCAAAGAGCUGCUACGCAAGGGAGGUGACUUUCCAGUAGCAUUGCUCUCCCGUGUGGCCAUGCGCUUGUAG